CCCGGCUGAUCAUGCGCGCUCGCGUUACGCGGCCGGUCACCAUGGUGGGGGGGAAACACACAACAGUCUGUCACUUUUUAACAAGCUGAAUUAAGCGUGUAUACCUGCGCCGUUUGACGCUUUCAAGGAAUCGGACGGAAACUUGACCGACGUGUGGAUUUUUCCUCUCUCCGUGUUAACGCGUCGUGAGAGCCGGAGAUCCUGAACACGGUGUAGCAGGGAGGGAAAUGCAUGCUUUGUGCAAAAGAAAAUAAGCGCACCGGGACAUUUUUCACGCAUUAAAUCAGACGUCAAAGACAGGCAGAGCUCUGCCGCUGCAGGGUGGUUGUUUAUUCAUUUAUUUUUUAAAGAUCGGUUGCUUGGAUCGGAUCGGGCCGGGGACAGAGCGAGGCCCCGGGGGCGCAGCAGGCCGUGUCCCGGGGAAGGAGCCUCCACACGGGGCCGGGCUGAGACGGACACACCGCGCCGAUUUCCCGGAUUUUUUCACGCGCUUCUCGCUUCUCCGUCUCAGACAAUGGCGUCUUAUGUGGACAACAGCUUUCGGCAGGCGGUGAUGCUAAACCCGGCCGAGAGGACGCAACAGGAUUUGGAGAUUGUGUAUUCAUAUCUACACGGUAUGGAGGCUCUGUCCAAUCUCAGAGAACAUCAGCUAAGGAUAAUGUGUGAAACUGUGCGUUAUGAAAGGCAUGAAGCAAAUGAAGUGCUGUACUAUCCGGAUGACAUCGGCAGCUGCUGGUACAUCCUUCUCUCUGGAUCUGUGUUCAUCAAAGAGUCCAUGUUCCUUCCCAGGUCCAGUUUCGGGAAGCGUUCUGCUGGGAGUUUACGUCGCGGAUGUGAGUGUAUCGUCUUGGAGCCGUCCGAAAUGAUCGUGGUGGACUAUAUGGAUGAGAAUGAGGAGUAUUUUCAGCGCCAGGCUUCGCAUCGUCAGUCCCGGAGGAGAUUCCGCAAAAUCAACCAGAAGGGUGAAAGGCAGACCAUCAUCGACACGGUGGAGCCAUACCAAGCGGGCAAGCCGCCCAUAAGCCGCGGGUACCACACGGAAUGCGUUAAAGCUCAGCUACCAGCGGACUUCAGCAGGCUACACCUGGCUGACGGGAUCCACCCCCAGGUGACCCACGUCUCCUCCAGCCUCUCAGGAUGUAGCAUCACCAGUGACUCCGGGAGCAGCAGCCUGUCCGACAUCUACCAGGCCACAGAGAGUGAGCCAGGCGACAUGGACCUGAGUGGCCUUCCCGAGACCGCCGUCGACUCCGAAGAGGACGACGAUGAGGAAGACAUCGAACGCGCCUCCGAUCCGCUCAUGAGCCGGGACAUCGUCCGUGACUGCCUGGAGAAAGACCCCAUGGACCGCACGGAUGAUGACAUCGAGCAACUGCUGGAGUUCAUGCACCAGCUUCCAGCCUUUGCUAACAUGACCAUGUCGGUGAGAAGGGAGCUGUGUGCAGUCAUGGUGUUCGCUGUCGUGGAGCGAGCAGGAACCAUCGUCCUUAACGACGGCGAGGAGCUGGACUCGUGGUCUGUGAUCCUGAACGGUUCGGUGGAGGUGACGUACCCCGAUGGCCGCACCGAGAUCCUCUGCAUGGGCAACAGCUUCGGCGUCUCGCCCACUAUGGAGAAGGAGUUCAUGAAGGGAGUGAUGAAGACCAAGGUGGACGACUGUCAGUUUGUGUGUAUAGCGCAGCAGGACUACUGCUGUAUCCUGAACCAGGUGGAGAAGAACAUGCAGAAGGUGGAGGAGGAAGGAGAGAUCGUCAUGGUCAAAGAACAUCGUGAGCUCGAUCGCACCGGCACCAGAAAAGGACACAUCGUCAUCAAGGGCACGACAGAGCGUCUGACCAUGCAUUUGGUGGAGGAGCACUCAGUGGUGGACCCCACCUACAUCGAGGACUUCCUUCUCACCUACCGCACCUUCCUGUCCAGCCCCAUGGUGGUGGGCAGGAAACUGCUGGAGUGGUUCCAUGACCCCAGCCUCAGGGACAAGGUUACACGGGUAGUCUUGCUGUGGGUGAACAAUCACUUCAAUGACUUUGAAGGCGACCCUGAAAUGACGCACUUUCUCGAAGAGUUUGAGAACAAUCUAGAGAGGGAGAAAAUGUUUGGCCACUUAAGACUGUUAAACAUAGCUUGUGCUGCCAAAGCCAAGCUGCGGGUGGUGACUCUGACUAAGCCGUCACGUGAGGCUCCUCUGGCCUUCAGCCUGCUCGGUGGCUCGGAGAAAGGCUUCCGCAUCUUCAUUGAGAACGUGGAGCCGGGCAGCAAAGCUGCAGAAGCAGGCCUCAAACGUGGAGAUCAGAUUCUGGAGGUAAAUGGGCAGAACUUUGAGAACGUCCAGCUGUCCAAAGCAAAUGAGAUCCUGCGCAACAAUACACAUCUGUCUAUUACUGUGAAAACAAAUCUCUUAGUGUUUAAGGAACUUCUGGCUCGACCUGAGCAUGACCAAGAACCUGAUCACGAGGAAGAGCUGGACAGGAAGAACGGUGCUCCACACAUUCCCAAGAUCGGGGAUAUUAAGAAAGCAAGCCGUUACUCCAUCCCAGACCUGGCUGUGGAUGUGGAGCAGGUGAUGGGUCUGGAGAAAGCAAGCAAGAAAGCCAAGGCCAACACAGUGGGUGGGAGGAACAAGCUGAAGAAGAUCUUCGACAAGACUUUGACCAGUAUUCUACCGCCCAAGCCAUACAAUGAUGUGGGUGUAGGCCAAUCCCAGGACGACAGCAUCGUCGGAAUGAAGCAGUCGAAACAGAUACCUCCUGCUCUUCCAGUCAGUGGAAACUUAUCAUCCAGUAACCCUGACUUGCUGCAGUCUCAUCAUCGUAUACUCGACUUCAACAACCAGCCAGAACCGGUCCCUAACAACAUGUCGGACCAGGUGCUGCGUGUCUUCAAGGCUGAUCAGCAGAGUCGUUACAUCAUGAUCAGCAAGGACACGACGGCCAAGGAGGUCGUGGCUCAGGCCAUCCGGGAGUUUGCUCUGACCGCCGCCCCUGAAGCUUAUUCACUGUGCGAAGUGUCCGUCACACCCGAGGGUGUGAUCAAGCAGCGGCGGCUUCCUGAACAGCUCUCCAAACUGGCCGACAGAAUCCAGCUCAGCGGCAGGUACUACCUGAAGAGCAACAUGGAAACGGAGACGUUGUGCUCGGACGAAGACGCCCAGGAGCUUUUGAGGGAGAGUCAGAUCAGCUUGUUGCAGCUAAGCACGGUGGAAGUGGCCACACAGCUCUCCAUGCGUGCCUUCGAGCUGUUCUGCGCCAUCGAACCCACAGAGUACAUCGAUGACCUCUUCAAGUUGCGGUUACGCUCGCCCGGACCUUCCAGCCUCAAGCUUUUCGAAGAGUCCAUAAACCGAGAGACUUUCUGGGUGGCCACUGAAGUGCUGAGAGAACCCAACCAGCUGAAGCGCAUGAAGAUCAUCAAACAUUUCAUCAAGAUCGCUCUGCACUGCCGCGAGUGCAAGAACUUCAACUCUAUGUUCGCUAUCAUCAGUGGUCUAAAUCUGGCACCGGUGUCCAGACUGCGAGGAACUUGGGAGAAACUUCCUAGCAAGUACGAGAAGCUCUUCAGUGACCUGCAGGACCUGUUUGACCCGUCCAGAAACAUGGCCAAGUACCGAAAUGUUCUCAACAGCCAGAACCUGCAGCCUCCAAUUAUCCCUCUCUUCCCAGUUAUCAAAAAAGACCUCACUUUCCUCCAUGAGGGCAACGAUUCAAAAGUGGAUGGCUUGGUGAAUUUUGAGAAGCUGCGUAUGAUCGCCAAAGAGAUCAGACACGUGGGUCGGAUGGCAGCCGUCAACAUGGACCCCGCUCUCAUGUUCCGCACCAGGAAGAAGAAGUGGAGGAGUUUGGGGUCACUGAGCCAGGGCAGCGCCAACGCAGCCGUACUGGAUGUGACUCAGACGGGCGGACAUAAGAAGCGUGUAAGGCGGAGUUCCUUCCUCAACGCCAAGAAGCUGUAUGAGGAUGCACAAAUGGCACGCAAGGUCAAGCAGUACCUGUCUAACCUCACACUGGAGACCAAUGAGGAGAGCCUGCAGACUCUGUCUAUACAGUGCGAACCCUCCAUAAGUACACUGCCUAAGAGCUCAGGGGACAGGAAGAGGCCGGACACCUCCCCCGUGGUAGCGAGGGCCGCUCUGCACCCACGCCAGCAGCUACAGAAAUCCAACCAGGCCUUGCAGGUGCCCACCGUCGCCCUCUACCCAUCCCGCAAGAAGGUGCCUGUCAAAGAUCUGCCUCCAUUUGGCACAAAUUCCCCACAGUCCCUGAAGAAGAUUCUGUCUCUGUCGGAGGAGGCAGCUGAGAGACACAGGAAGCAGACAGAAGAUGCUGUGUCCAGUACUUCGUCUCCUCCUACAUCUCCUCGCAGCUCCCCAAAGAAAGGAUUAGGAAGAGCGAGUGAUAACCUGUCAGACUCAGGCCACAGUGAGAUCUCAUCUCGAUCCAGUCUGGUCAGCACUUCUUCUCUGGACAUGGGCCAGGACGAGCGUCGUCUCCGCUACGCGCAUGGAGUCAGCGACGGACACACCGCUGGUCAUGGAGGUCACCGGCUUGAACGUAGGGCCACAGCUGAUCCGGACCAGUACAGUCUAGGCUCGUACUCAUCGGUGCAGGACUGGCGUGGUAUGUACGCCGGCACUGCCAUGCCAUCCUCCCCAAGUUCAGAGGAGUUAAGUCAGGAGCAAGGCGACCGCGUAUCCUUGGACGCUGCGGAUUCGGGACGGGGCAGCUGGACGUCCUGCUCAAGCGGCUCACACGACAGCAUCCAAGCCAUGCAGCAAGGCAGGAGCUGGGAAGCGCUGGCUGAGGGGGCGGGGCUGUGGGCCGGACGAGGCAGCUGGGCGUCAACCUCAUCAUGUUCAUCCUCAUCGGCAGCGUGCUGGGGAGAUGAGUCAGAGGGGGAUACGGGAACUAUCAAGCGGCGAGGAGGUAAAGAUGUGGGUACCGACCCUGACACCUGCAGCAUCACUUCUACAGGAUCAGAGGAGUCUAAACAACAGAGUCGCCGGCCGUCUCCCAUCACCGCCGGCACGACCAAGAGCAACCUGAUACGUAAAGACGGACGAUACCGCGACCCCCCUCCCACUCCUCCAGGCUACACGGCUCUGUCCAUCUCCGAGGUGACAGAGGGGACGACGCACACCACCAGGAGGCCUCCGGACUACACCACGGCUCUCCAGCGCUCCCGCCUUGUUACUCACUCACCUAAACCGGGGACCGAGCGUGAGGGAGAGGAUGAGGAAGAGGAGGAAGAGGUAGAGGAGGAGGGUGAGUGCUUAUCUCCCAAACUCAGAGAUCAGAGGAGGAGAAGUCCACACACAGCAGUGCCCCCCAGGCCAUGAGUCACACACACCACCCUGGCAGGCAGAGGAUGAGCAGGUGUCCGCUGUGUGAACAGACGACACUUUCCUUACUGUUCGGCUCUCGCUGCAGUGACUGAAGGCCUGUGAGGCCCGUCAAAGGCAGAAAGACAGCCUGAGCAACCAAUCAUCACCUCGAUGCCACUGCCUGUCUCUCUCCUGAUUGGUGGAUUCAUCUCCCUUCUCUGCCUUAAAGCGUCAUGAGGGGUUUUGUCACCCUGCAUGCUAAAAUACUGUGAAGAAAGGAAGAGAGCGUUCAAAACGAGAAAAAAAAAAUUUAGCUGGCACUUUGGAAAAAUCGAAUUAUUUAGCUUAAAGUAGUGAAAAAAAAAGAAGAACACACAGCGGUGCGACAUUCACACAAAGACGAGACUGCCCUUGUCAGUCACUGAUCUAUGAUUGAUUUCCUCCGUUCCUUACACACACACACACACACACACACACACACACUCACAAAUCGUUUUUCCUCAUCUGCACUUUUUAAGUAUGUUUUCUAAGAACAAAAUGCACAUGAUCUUCUCAGACUUCAACAUCAUCAUCUCUUCUGGAACGCGCACAUGGUGAAAAUGAGGACGUUUAGGGGAGAAAAACACUCGUACACUCAAAUAGCUACUCCUUUGAUGGGAAAUCGGUGAUCAUCUGUACAAAUAUGCGUGUCACUGUUGCAGUAUUAAAUCGAGCUUUUCAAGGUUGGUAGAUGCUGGAGAACUGGAGAUACACACAGCAAGGAGGACAUGAAGCACGCUGGCGUGACUCUGGGUGCAUCCUAAGCCUCACUACAUGCGUUCUGCAAAAAUCCCGCUUUCAAUCCCUAGGAUGCGACGUAAAUGGAGAGGUCCCGGACUUUGUGGUUUUGAUUCCUGUGGGAAAAGGUAGACCCAAACCGAGGGCUAAACUCACCAGGAACCAUGUGACGUGGUUAGGUGUUCUGUUAUAUGAUAGGACUAGAACCCAAACUGGUACACCAGAGAGCAGCUUGGAUCUCAGAAACAGAAUCAGUGGAAGCUAAUCCACAGAGAUUUUUUACAUCUACGUUUUUUUCCCCCCAUCAUCCAAUCCAACCAUCGUUGCCACCCACUUGUAGAGUUGACUCCAAGCUCUGUUGGUGCUUCAUUCCAACCAGAUCCCUAGAGUUCUUUACAGUUUAUGAGGUUAGGAAUCCUUUGCAGUACCUAACACCAGGAUUCCAAAGGCAACAUUAAAAAAAAUCUUGGUUCAGAGUUUUUAUCGCUGCCCCAUUGGACCAAUUUUGUGUCCUGUGUAAAAGGAAGGUUCAGAGUUUGAUACUGAGCUCCAUUGGUUUUUGGCUCCAGGAAGUGAAGUUUGUUGAUUUACAUGGAUACAUCAGUAGCUUUGCGCAGGAACCCAAAGACUUUAUUUAUUUCAUUUUACGUUCCUGCCCCAUUUCCUUUUUCCAGGGGUAGGGGGAUGUGGUAAAGAUGUUUUGUCUUGCCCCAUUGCAUGCACAAGGCAAAAGUUUUGUUUCAGUCCUGUGUAAAUGAAGUGAGUAGAAUUGACUUCCCCUGACUUGACUUGAAUCCCAGCCAGCUCUGUCCCAUUUCUAUAAUUCUGUACAGUUUUUUAGGUCACAGGGUUGCUCGAGUAUCUGAAGUAAUCUAUAGGCAAAGGUUUCUUCUUAAUUGAGAGUUUUUUCUUCCCGCCUUAUUCCACCCUCCUGAGGAGAAGGCGAGAUCUUUGUUUCAGGUCCUCUGUAAAUGGAGGACACCUUUGUCUUGACUCCAGUAAACUGCGUAAAAUGAUCUCAGUUUAGAGUUCUUGCUCCAUUCCAUCCACUUUGUUAGAAAAGCCAGACCUUUCUUCUCCGCCUCUGCUUGACCGAGUUAGCUCAGUCCUAUUGCGAGAAAUAUUUUAAUGGUUGUGAGGUUACGUGUUAUUAGUCUAUAGUAAUCUUAGGAACUAGAUGUUUUUUUGUUUUGUUUUUUUUGCCUUGCACCAUCCCACCCAUUUGGAAGUAAGUCAAGACCUUUGUUUCACCACUGGUGCUUGACCUAUCCAGCUCCUUCCCAUUCCAGAAAUUCUUUUAAAAAAAAAUUGGAGGGUUGUUAGGACCUGAGAUCGUUAUAAUCCAUAUCCAUAUCCUGUACUAGUGUGCCCAUUUAAAAGGAAGGCAAGUUUCUCCACUGGUCCAUCCAUCUCAUUCCCAUUUAUUAAAAUCUUUGCUUCUUUUAACAAGAUGCAACUUCAAAGGUUACCUGGUUAUUGUAAGGGGCAAGUUUUAUUCCCAGGCAUCCCACUUGAAGGAAAACCUUGACCAUCAUGUUUUAUCCAGUGCUUCAUUUGAAUUUUGUAGGGAAGAACAUUGUAUUCCCUUUGCUCUGCAAAGUAUCUUCAUGUUUCAUAUUUUUCUGAGGUUUAUUGGUAUUCUAUUCUCAUUUAGAAUAUGCGCCCAUAGAAAUCUUUCUCCACAUAAAUGAAACGCCAUGAGUUGCCUAUCAGAGUGGACCAUAGGCAGAAAAAAAACAAAAAAAAACAAAAACUCUGGACUCGAUCGGACAAUUUUCAGAAGGAAAUCCCUCCUACAAAGUGCAAACAUGUUCCGAAAGAAUUCUACCGUCAAUAGGAUAUCUAAAGAACGUACUGUGGGUGACCGUCUCAUGCCAAAUCUGAAACUUAUCACAACUACCUAUUACUGUGGUAUGUAGAGUCACCGUCAAGACAAACGCCUGUCCAGCCAGUGAUGUCCACACUAGACUGGGUGCUACUUCCAUUCUGAUGCGACCACAUUACGGUUUUUGAGGUGCUACGUAGGCUUUAUGAAGACGUAAACCUGCUUGUGUUCACCCUGCACAUUAAGAAGGGAUCAAGAGCUCGCAAAGAACUUUCAGUACUCCGGCGGAACGAGAAGGAACGAGUCAACCGAGCCGAAGGCUGCCAAGCUGAGUAGAACUCGCCCGGUGAGAAGUCACUUUUAUGGUUUAUUUUUAAUCACUGAGUUAAGCUGAUCACAUUGAUCAGUAGUUUAGGACUGAUAUACUUUGAGGGAGAAGGGGGGGGGACAAAAAAAGAUUGCAGUGUUUUCCACUGUACCCUGUAAUAUUAUCACGUCAACAUUUCUUUCUCUUCUUGCUGUAAUUUUUCCUUUGUUUUUUUUUUUUGUAAUGGUUGCUGUCGUUUAAAAGAAAGAAAAGAAGAAAAAAAAAAAAAGGAUCACAUUUGUAAAACAGUGGUUAUAUAAAUCAUUCACCUCCAUUUGAAUUGUUUGAAACCUAGUCAUGCUUUUUCCGGCGAGCUGAGUGGAGUCCUCUUUCGAAAAAUAAGUUGCACAAACUGUACAAGCAUAAGAUAAAUCGUAGUAGUUAGCACUGCUACUUUGUUCGAUGUGUGAUGUCAAGUGAGAAGUGUACAUUUAGCUGGUGAAGAUUCUCUCAUCCUUGACUACUUUUACCUGUACGUCUUUUACAAAGACAAUUGGUGGAGUAUGUAUCGGUUGUUAUUUUCUGUCUUCUUUUUUUUUUUUUUUUCUUUUUUUUUUUUCUUUUUGUAUUUUUAAUACAAUAAUUGUAAAUAUUGGUUAUAUUUUUGUUGAACUGUAGAAAUGUACUAUGUUUAUGCCUCAACAUCCAGUUUAUAUGAAGCUGGUAAUCAAUAAAUGCGAGAAAAAGAAAUCAACUCGUAGGUUUCGAAUGCACUUUUUCUUUUCUUUUCCCCCCUUCUUGUUCCCCCCCCCCCCCCCCCCCCCGGUCGAAUGCGUUCUCUUUGGAAAUAUUGUUACUUUAAAUGAUACCACCGUCUAAUGUUUGCACAAGCUGAGACAUGGAAUUAACUUGAAACGUGUAUCUGAUCGUUUUUUUUGUUUUUUUUUAACUGACACGUCUGUCAGAAUGAAUAAAAAGACACUGAUGCCUACUC